AUGGAAGAAGCCCACGGUGUGGGGGCAGUGAUUGGCCCAAGGGCCUCACAGUCUGUUGGUGGAAGGUCUUCCUUCAAGGAGCCCGAGAGACGCCGCACAGCUAGUGGCUGCAUCUGCACAGCUGAGAACAACUGGAUCUUGUUCACACUCGGCCAGAGGAAGGUUCCUGGGAAAGAGGUAGAUGCACUGCAUGAAUAUCUGAGUGAGCUGGAAGCAGACUUGGCCGUGGGGGAUCAAGACACACUCCAAGAAGAUCAGCUGGACAGGAAGAGGUUUUUGAAGGAGUUUCCUAGGGUGAAGCAGGAGCUUGAGGAGGGCAUAAAAAAGCUCCACGCACUUGCAGACAAAGCUGACAAGGUACACAGGCACUGCACCAUCUCCAAUAUAGCAGUUUCCUCUGCUGGCACUGUGUCUGGUGUCCUGACCAUCCUUGGCCUGGCCCUGACACCCGUGACCGCGGGGGCCAGUCUGGCACUCUUUGCCACUGGGGUAGGGCUGGGAGCAGCGGCUGCUGUGACCAGUGUGUCCACCAGCAUCGUGGAAUCUGUAAGCAUGUCGGCAGCAGAAACCGAAGCCAGUCGCCUUAUGGUAACUGCUGACAACGCAGAGGUGUUUGGGGGGGCCGUAUGUAACAACACAAUCAACGUGGCUUCCUCGAUCGAGAAAAUCUACCAAGCCGUGCAAGAAGUUAAGAACAACGUCCGUGCCAUCAAGUUAGCCAAAGUCAACCCUAACUUAGCAGCCCGUGCUAAGCGCUUUGCGGCCACUGGGCAAAUCUCAGUCAAUGGCCAGAGGCAGGUGCAGAACGCUUUCAGAGGCACGGCUCUGGCAAUGACCAAAGGAGCCCGGAUUGCAGGUGUGGCCACCGCAGGUGUCUUCCUUCUGAUGGACGUGGCCUUCCUGGUGAAAGAGGCAAAGCACUUGCAUGAGGGGGCAAAGACGAAGUCGGCUGAAAGGCUGAGGCAGCAGGCCCGGGAGCUGGAGAAGAAGUUGGAGGUGCUCACCUGCAUCUAUGAGAGUCUGCAGUAGGGCUGGACUCCGCCCCCCCCCCCCCGAGCUGU